CUUCACAGCGUAGUUCGUCGGGGCAUUUUUCGGUGGUGGGAGCCAUGGAUGGCAACGAUGCCAUGAAGUUGAUACUGCCCAUUGCGGGUUUCGCUGUGGGCGUUUCAUUGCUACUCUACUUCUGGCCCAGGCCGCCCAAAGUCUUCUUGACUCGCGAGCGAAAGCGAGCACAGGUGGCUGAUGUCUACGAGCUCUCGCAUGACACGAAGCGGAUUAGAUUAUCCUUGGGCUCACCCACAACCACCUUAGGCCUCCCAGUGGGCAAACAUCUGGCCAUUUACGCGCCGAAUCCUGCCAAGUGCAUAUCAUCGGGCCUGUGGAAUGGCAAGCCGGACCCUGACAAGGGCAAAGAGGAGAUCGAGCGAAAGUAUACUCCCGUGACCGGCAACGAGCAGCCAGGCUACGUAGAUUUAGUGAUCAAGAUCUACAAGCCGGGGAAGGUCACGAUGCCGGACGGCAAGGAAACUCACUGGGAGGACGGCGGAAAGAUGGGCUUGUUCUUGGAUAGCAAACAGCCAGGGGACUGGAUAGACGUCAUAGGCUGGUCGUUUUGUGGUCGGUGUGUUUUUUUCGGGAGCCACAUGGGGCUGGGUGAUGAAGCAAUGAAAUUAGGGGUACGAUAUUUUCAGAUAAACCCACAUGUUUCAUGGAAGUUUAUAGGGGGGUUCUCUUCACCCCUAUGA